UCCACAUUCAAGAAUCUUGACACGUGCGUUUACAACUAUGAAAUCAUUGAAAUAUAAAUAAGGCAAUUGCCUAUACAAUUAAAGUUUUUCCAUUUUUUAGAUGAAUCAGAUAAUGACGUGUAACAAUCAAGAAAACAACAAUAAAAACUCAAAAGAUUAAUCAUUUCUGAAAUUAUCCAUCAAAUAUUAUAUUCAUGUUCUUUAUUGCAAAAAUAUGUUAUAAAUCAAACAAAGCAAUCAAGAAUAACGACGACAAAUUCAAAACACGCCAUAUAUUAUGAUAUUGAAGUUCCGGUCGCCUAGAAAAGAUAUCGGUUUGCUCUAGAUAUUUAUUUUCCUGUGAAAAUGACAUGAAAACCGGAAAACCUCCGCAAAUGUUAUUUAGGAACUAGGACAUGAUUCAAGUGCAGUCAUAUGUAAAUCAUGGAGAUAGAAACACAAUAUCGUGUUGCAAAACCAUUCAAAACACUUGAGGAACUCUAUUCAAAAUUGGAUGACUUAAAACCAUGGCCUGAUAUUGUUGAAUUACGAGAUUGUGUCGAUUAUGUAUUUUCAACAGAAAAUACCGAGACAAUCAAUGAAAAAUUGGAGAAACUCGAUAGGGAACAACAACCAAAAACUAUUGUCUGUCAUGAUAUGAAAGGUGGCUAUCUCGAAGACAGAUUUAUCGAUGGAUGCGAUGCUCACGAUUCAUAUGUUUUUUACAAUUGGACUGUGAUCGAUACAUUCAUUUAUUUUAGCCAUAAUUUGAUAACAAUUCCACCAUAUGGAUGGAUAACAACGGCUCAUAAUCAUGGAGUCAAAAUACUUGGAACAAUAAUCACGGAACACGGUGAUGGGGUUGAAAUUUGGGAAAAAAUACUUGCAACCACUGAGGAGACGGAAAAAUUUGCAAACGCCCUUGUUCGAUUGGCGAAAUUCUACAAUUUUGAGGGAUGGCUUUUAAAUGUCGAAAACAAAAUAAAACAAGAAGAUAUAAAUAAAUUGAUCUAUUUUGUCAAAUUUUUAACUGAUCGUAUUCAUGAAGAAAUUGAAGGUUCUGAAAUUAUUUGGUAUGAUAGUGUGACAUGUACUGGGGAACUCGUUUGGCAAAAUCAAUUAAACGAUAAAAAUUUAUGCUAUUUUUUGAAAUGUGAUGGAAUAUUUUUGAAUUACAAUUGGACGGAGAGAGGCCUAGCGAGUUCUUUAAUAUUGGCAAAAAAAGAAAAUAGAGAAAAAGAUGUUUACGUGGGACUGGAUGUUUGGGGAAGAGGUUGUCCUGGAGGUGGAGGAUUUAAUUCAGCAUAUGCUAUAAAACUAAUUCGAAAGCAUGGUCUUUCAGUUGCAAUUUUUGCACAAGGAUGGACGCAUGAAUAUUUUGGACCAACAAAUUUCCAUAAAGUAGAAGAUAUAUUUUGGGCUCAAUUAAUGCCGUAUCUUUAUAUUCAUGUGCCAAUAUUUGAGAAUGAAUCUUUUGUAACUUCAUUCUGUCGAGGGAUUGGAAUAAAUCAUUAUAGUUGUGGAAAGAUUUCAAAUGAGGAACCAGGUCACAAAACUAAACAAGAAAACCGAAAUGCAUUUUACAAUUUGAAUAAACAAAAAUAUCAAACAAUUACGCCAUGGAAACAUUCAAAAAUAAUAAGCGUAUCUGUUCUUGAGGACAAAGAGGAAAAAAAUGACCCGGGAAUAAGUAGUGUGAAACCACUUAAAGAAGAAGAUUCUUCAAAGAAAGAAAAUCCAGUGAAAAAAGAGAGAGAAUACAAUUAUGAAACUGGACUGGACAUAAUGAAUAUUCGUGGUCAACAAGUAAUUUUUAGACCAAAAUUAACACCAGUCAUGUUAAAUUAUCUGGAAUUUCACAAAGAUUUUGCAUUUGAUGGAGGUGGAUGCAUAAGAUUUGUUACAAAUGAUCCUGUUUCUCAUUAUCGUCUUUUUUUGGUUCAUAUUGAAUUCGCAAGAGAUAUUCAAGCAAGUGUUACUUAUCGAUUGGAAGACGCAAGCGACCAGGCAUACAAGAACAAUCUUUAUCUUAUUUUAGGCAAUAAUUUUUCGGUUCAAACAAUUUUGCCAUUUCAAACAAUUCAACUCGAUUCCGGAUGGAAGAAAAGUAUUUAUCUGACAAGUUUAAAAACAGUUAAUGAAAUUGGAGUGACAUUUUUGCGAAGGGGAAGCUGUAGCCUCGGUGAAAUAGUUGUUGGCACACUCAACGAUUCUAGAGGGCAGUGGAUUACGUCAUAAUAAAAAUGGAUAAUGUUCUCGACCGCGACCUAUUCUAUGUUUUAUAUGGGUAUACAAUAUAUAUAUAUAUAUACCGAUCCAAAGAAUGUUUAUAUACAGGUUGAGAGUCACUUUGUGAAAGGAGGACUUCAUGUUCGUGGACAUGUCGAUAUUUCAGCAAUAGUUUUCGCAAAAACAAUUCCUAACAGGUUGCGUGAGAGUCAUUAUCAUCACCUGCGCGUAUUUUCAUUCAAAGUGUGCUUAAGUAAUGUAGCUAAUUUUCUAUAUAUCUGUAUAAACAAGAUUCAUUGAAACACAUAAACAUUAUAAUAAAAAUAAAACCUAUUGUACAAUUUAGUCAUAAAAAAAAAUUGUUGAAUGAAAAUAAAAAAGUAUUUUAAAUUUAAA